AUCGGCAACGAGAAGUUCACCAUGCAGAACCUGAACGACCGUCUGGCCUCCUACCUGGAGAAGGUGCGCAAGCUGGAGAAGGCCAACGCCGAGCUGGAGCUGAAGAUCAGGCAGUUUCUGGAGAACAAGGUCGGCCCCUCCACCCGGGACUACACCACCUUCUUCGUCACCAUCAGCGACAUCACUGCAAAGAUUCAGGAAGCCACCAAGAAAAACGGAGCCAUCCACCUGAGCAUCGACAAUGCCCGGCUGGCUGCUGACGACUUC